AUAUUUAGCUGGUAUAUCUCAACUGUUCCUGUGCUUCUGUCAAAAAUAUGAGUUCAUUUUAGUAAAAUUGAAAUGAGUAGGAAUGUAACGAAAGGAAAACACCGAUCCAAGCGAACUGAAAUAUUGAAAGCACUCGAUCAAAUUCCAGUGGAUAUAGUGCAGCUCCGCAAACUAGCCAUUGCUCCAGAAGGUUUACUCACCAGUGAGCUUCGUGCCCAAGUAUGGCCCUACUUACUUAACACUGUAAAUCAGGAGAUAAAAGCUCCGGAAAACAUCCGACAACACCCAGAGUUUCAACAAGUCGUCUUAGAUGUAAAUCGUUCCAUGAAAAGAUUUCCGGCCGGUAUUUCUGACGAGGAGGUAUCUGAAUUACAAGACCAACUUACAGAUUUAAUUCUCAGUGUUUUAACUCUGCACCCUGAGCUAAACUAUUACCAAGGCUACCAUGAUAUUUGUGUUACCUUCCUCCUAGCAUGUGGGCCACAGUUAUCAUUCCAACUUGUAGAACGAUUAUCCACACAUCACCUAAGAGAUUUUAUGGAUCCUACCAUGAGCAGUACAACUCAUAUUCUUAAUUAUUUAAUCCCAAUACUUGAUAAGUCUGAUUCAGAGCUGGUAAAAUACAUCACUAAAUCAGAAGUAGGUACAACUUUUGCAAUCAGUUGGCUUAUUACCUGGUAUAGUUACGUUCUUCAUACCCAGGAUGAAAUCGAGCGUUUGUAUGAUUUUUUUCUAUCUUGUCACCCACUUAUGCCAAUUUACUUUGCUGCUCAAAUUGUUUUGCAAAGUUCUGAAGACAUUAUGGCAGGGGAAUGUGAAAUGUCAAGGGUUUAUCAAAUCCUUACACAAUCUGCCCGAAAACCAAAUCCACCACUUGAAGAGUUAAUCAGAAAGUCUUCAGAUGCAUUUAUCUUAUUUCCACCUUCACACUUGGCAAGAGAAGCUGCUGAAUUCUACAAAAACAACCUAGCAAUUUCAACCUUUUGCGACUAUGCUUUAGUAGCUCGGCACGAAACACCUGAUACAGUGCUACGUAGGCUUGGUAUUUAUCCAGAGGACAAACUGCCCAAGGAAAAGGAAGUUGUUUCAAGUUCUCCGAAAAAGAACUACUGGAAUACUGCACGUACAGCUGUUAUCGCAGUUAGUGGCGCAGUUGGUGCUGUUGUUGUUGCUGCCUCGGGAUUAGAUUGGGCGCCAGAUUUAUUCAACUUUCUUUAGUGCAUUGCAUCAUCUUAUUUAUUUGUUUGUUUAGUUGGUGAAUUAAGUGCUCAUUGUGCAAUAGAACUUCUAAUCUUCAUUAUUUGGCUGUUGAGUUUUUGAAAAGGUUGCCAAUUCUGUUAUAUAGUAGGGUGGGGGAAGGCAGGUCACAUUUAGCAGUAUUAACAUACUGCUAAAAAAAAAUGUGUUUUAAAUUAAACAAUAACAACGCUCUAUACAAGUCGUAAGGAUAAGGUUUUGUAAUUCUUUGAAUGUUCUUUGUUUACCAAAAAAUGAAACGAGAAAAUUCCUACCCUACUAUAUUCUUAUUUACAUUGUGUUACUCUUAAAGAUCUUAUAAAUACAAAGAAAAUUUCCAUAGAAAUUUUAUUUAUUAUUUUAAAAAAAGGUGACAUAUUUAUCGUUACCCCCUAUUGGUUCAAAAUAAUUUAUGUUACCAUGUAUAUAAUUAAAAUUCAAUCUGUUUUCUUAAAUUUGCAUAGGCUACAUACCGAUCAAAUGAUCAACGGUGCUUGUUUUCUCUCCCUUCUACCUUUUGCAAUAUCCAAUAUUUAUAGUUUUGUUUCUUUCUUUGCAAAUGUUGCUUUUCUUGCAG